CAGAGGAGUGGGGCGCAUGCAGACCAUCAGGCUGUGCAUUCUUAGCCGGGGACUAAUUUUCAGUCCUCCACUUGGGUCUGGGUAAACAGCACCGCCCCGAUGGUUAUUUGUUUUAAGUGUGGAACGAUCCAUCGCAGAGCGCCGGGCUCGAUUGACACUGUCUGCUGAUCUGCUACUGCGGAUUGCUCAGAAUAACAAGGCUGCUCGCUAAUUCCCGUCUAUCGGGGCUUUCGCCGAAACACCGAGAGAGUAGCGUCCAAAAAAAGCCAACAAGGCAGGCAAGAACGCCGCGCCGCCGGAGUCCGCACCACAGAAUGGCUUCAGGAGACCUUUACGAGGUGGAACGGAUCGUGGACAAGAGGCGGAACAAGAAGGGUAAGUGGGAGUACCUGAUAAGGUGGAAAGGUUAUGGAAGUAAGGAGGACACAUGGGAGCCAGAGCACCACCUACUGCACUGUGAGGAAUUCAUUGACCAGUUCAACAGCUUGAGACUGCACUCACACAAACGGCCCAAAGUUCCAAAAAAUCGUCAAGAGCCCCUCAUCAUCAGCCACCGAUCUGCAGAAAACUCCAGAGCUCGGUCUGAGACCCGAAAAAAGAAAAGGACUUGUGGCCCAGCUGUUGGGGUUAGAGUAGGGACUGUUCUAGGGAUUGGAAGUGGAGGGUCAGGACCCACUCAGAAGCAGAGGAAGGUGGGUGUAGGACCUGGGAAACAUGCUUUAGGGGACAGAAUUAGUAAAGCCAUGAUGUACAAGGCUCCUCCACCGGGGGGACCUCACUUUGUUCCUCCAGUGAGGAUUCCUCAUAAUGGACUCCAGAAUGGAGAGAUGGAGCCUCUUAUGCACAAGACAGCAGCAAGGUCACAUAGACUGCCCUUGGACACAGUGGAUGGAGAAGUAGGAAACAUGGAUACCACUGGACAGCAGUUCACCACUGAGCUAGGGCUGUGUGUCUGUUUGACUGAGGGCGGGGCUGAGCUACAUUCACACACUGUGCAGAGAGGCCACGGAGUGGACAGGAUGAAGCCUGGCUUCGGCUGCAUUCAAUGUGGCUCCUUCCCACAGGGUUGUGCGGAAGGUUCUCCUCUGGCCAAUGGCAAGAUGCAUCUUCACAGCUCAGUAAAGAGGAAGUUGGCUGAGGAGAGAGGCUACGUGUUCGACAAGCGGCUGAGGUACAAUGUGCGACAGAAUGAGAGCAACUGUCGCUUCCGAGACAUCGUAGUCAGGAAGGAGGAAGGCUUCACGCACGUCCUGCUCUCCAGCCAAACGACAGACAACAACGCUCUGACACCAGAGAUCAUGAAGGAAGUGUGUCGAGCUCUGGGCAAUGCAGCUGCUGAUGACAGCAAAUUAUUAUUACUCAGCUCCGUGGGGACUGUCUUCUGCAGUGGCCUGGAGCCGUCGUACCUGAUAGGGCGUCUGUCUACUGACCGCAAAAAAGAGAGCAGCCGCAUCGCAGAUGCCGUACGGGACUUUGUGUUGGCAUUCAUCCACUUCAAAAAACCCAUUGUGGUGGCAAUAAACGGACCUGCUCUGGGCUUAGGGGCCUCCAUCCUGCCCCUGUGUGAUGUGGUGUGGGCCAGUGAGAGGGCCUGGUUCCAAACUCCAUGUGCAGCCCUCCACCUCACCCCCUCUGGAUGCUCCUCUUACACCUUCCCCCAGAUUCUGGGCGUAGCUCUGGCCAAUGAGAUGCUGUUCUGUGGAAGAAAACUCACAGCACAAGAAGCAUGCAGUCGAGGUCUGGUGUCACAGGUCUUCUGGCCAACCACAUUUAACCAAGAAGUGAUGCUGCGUGUGAAGGAAAUGGCAUCAUGCAAUGCAGUGGUUUUAGAAGAAUCCAAAUGCCUGGUGAGGAGUAUCCUCAUGUCAGUCCUGGAGGAAGUGAAUGAGAAAGAGUGUCAGAUGCUGAAGCAGCUGUGGUGUUCAACCAAAGGACUAGAGGCACUCUUCAGUUACCUGCACAACAAGGCGUAUGAGAAGUGAUCGUCCACACCCAGUAAACUGAUCAAUGUGGGUCAAAGGUUACCGAGGGAAAUCCAGGAUGAUAACGCUGUGAUCUCAAAGUGAAGGAAAAGUUGCAUUAUGGGUCUUUGUUUCCAUCCAUCAGCAGAGGGGAUUCUCUGGAGUUCUGUUUGCUCACAUGUCCACCAACAAUUCCUUCAUGAGCAUCUUUUGUAAAGUAACUUUAUUAUUGGACCCAUAACUGUCCAUAUGUUUAUUCUCUAGGAGUCAAAGAGCAAAGGGCCAAAUGUGCAUUGCUUAAAUUAAACACUGAAGAAGGUUCUUCAGGGAGGUACAGAGUGGUUCUGUACAUAUUUGAGACUUAUGUGUUUAUGAAAUCAUCAGGAUGUAUGAAAUCAGUGUAUGUCUGAUAGCACAUGAUACAUUGAUGAUAAUAUAUAUUAAUAUAUAUUUAUUUCAAGUUUGUAAAAGAGUUGCUUUCUGUAUAUAAGAUGCAUUUUUCAGGAUUUUCUUUAGUCGCUUAUUGUUUUGAGUUGAAGUGUAAACCAAAGUUUGCAUAAGGACACUGUGUCUUUCUCCUCACAUGCACAUUCCAUCUUCUCUGUAUGGACAGAAGAAAACUGUUAGAAAACUAGCCACAAAUGUUCGUACAUGCUCAUGUACAUGUCAGUGGAUCAGAUUUGGUGACACCUCAAAACAUGUCAUCUUAUGAGUUAACCAUAAAAGAUCAUGAAACUCUCUGGAUAAUUCAAAAAGAAUUAUCACACAAUUCAUUGUUCAUACUGUAAAAGCCUUUAUUACACAGAACAGACAUCUUGUUUUCCAGUAACUUUUAUUUAUCACGAUCAAUAUUACCAAUAAUUUGCUUCCGUUACAUGAAAUCAAGAUUAAUGCUCAUGUGCUAAUGAGAGCGUCUGGUGAUAGCAUCCUCAUUCUGUCAACAUCCAUCUGUCUUUAGCUAUGUUCACCUGCAAUGAAACGUUUGAUUUAAUUUUUAUGUAUACAAAUAAAAUCGCAUUUUUCUUUCAAGGGAGACUUGUUUGAGUUGAAAUGCACCUAAAACAUUUUGCAAACCAGAAAAAUAAGUGGAAUUGGAGAACACUGGAAGUCUCAUAUGAAUGCUAGCACUAAAUAUCCAGAUGUGUCCAUUCGAUGGCAUUUUGGCUUGAGUGCAAAAUGGCUUUAGAUGAUUAAAUGAAAUGGUGGCAAAAAUCACAUGGAGAGAUUAGCAAUGGAUUUUAUCCCAUUUAAUUAGAGCUACAAAUAGCCUUACGUGCAGUACUUUGGUGGUCCAUAUGUAUAAUAUGGCUUCCAGUUAUCAAUGCAGAUAGUUAUUGUGUGAAAUGCGUGAUUGUUUUUUGAAAAACAAAUCUGAUGAUCGUGAUGAUAUUACCUGACAGUUAUUUCUUAGUUGUGUAUUUUUUAGAGCACACAAAAGAGAUGAUAAUUGCUUGGUCCUCAAGUAAUCACAUUGUGACUACACUAAUUGUCAGUGAUCAAUAUUGUGGAAAUGCAACAGUCUUGUAGCUGAGUUGACUUUGUCCUUAUCUGCAUGUGAUGAUUCAAGAUUUCAAGAAAUUUAAUAUUGCAAUGUGUAUUUAGUGAUCUAUUUUUUUUACCAAAAAAUGUAGAUCUGUGAAAAUUGUUUUGUAAAACUCAGAAGAUAUUUGUCAGUUUUUGCAGUUGUAAACAUGCAGAACAGAAUAAUAUAUAGAUAAUGUAGACUGGUUUGUGUAACUAAUCUCAUGUAAUAUACUGUACAUAUAAAUGUCUUGCCUGUCCUAUAUACCUUGUAUUUCAGGGUAUGUUUUGUACCAACAUUGUAAGUAUGGUUAGAAAUGGUGCAGUUUAUUUUUGUAUUUAUGUGAGAUAACUGUUUGGACGUGCAGUGCCAUGUGGUUUCCUUUGCUCCAGAAGCACCCCGACUCUCUUAAUCACCCUUUCUAAAUUAUCCCAUGAAAACUUUGAUGAACAAAAUGGGCCAGGAAAGCAGAUCAUUUAUACAUAUCCAAUUUCAAAACCAAAAUGUGUAAACACUAUUGUCACUUGAAUAUUUACCUUUUCAGUUGACAUUAUCAGAUUAAGUAUUUUCAAAGGCAUGUGAGAUAAUUGAAUGUAUAAUAAUGUGUUUUGCUGAGCUUUAUGGACAGAUGAUGAAUACAAUGACCUGUAUUGUAUUUCAGAAGACUCUGUUAAUGCUCCAUGAGGUUGCUUAAUGAUUUUCAAUCAUCAGUUUUAUUUGUGGCCAUUGCAGUUUGAUUGCAGGGAAUAACAAAUGGUUUGAUGAAGCAAGCAAGUCAUUAAGUACUUAACUAAAACAACAGCACACUUCCACAUAAGCUCAUGAAAAAUAAAAACUUUGUUGUUACAUUAAA